AUGCUAUCCAAGUCUAAAAAUGUUCAUCAAGAAGGAACCAGCUUUUAUAAUGUAGCAAAUUCAACUGUAAAUCCUGAACCAUGGUGGAAUAAUACGGGCUAUGGUUCAUUUUCCCCCCAUACAUUGAUGCGUGGAAAUGGGUCCGACUCGUCAUCCCUUGAACAAUCUGUGGAUGCUCAUUCCCUGUCUGAGGGUGGAGUUAAUGAGGAAGAUAAUACUGAGAAAAAAUCACCCAACGCUAAUCGACACCAGUCAGAUAAAAGGUAUAGGCCGGAGGAUUCGAAUCUGCAGCAAGUUGAGCAGUCCUUAAAUCCAGGACCUGUUGGAAGCCUUACACUGCCAGCACAGCUCGAACUUGUUGGACACUCAAUUGCCUGUGCUUCAAAUCCUUACGAUCAAUACUAUGGGAGAAUGGUGGCAGCUUAUGGCCAACCUAUGGUCCCUCAGUUGUAUGAUAUGCAUCAAGUGAGGAUGCCACUGCCCCUGGAGGUGGCACAGGAGCCAGUUUACGUGAAUGCCAAGCAAUACCAUGGUAUACUGCGGAGGCGCCAAUCGCGUGCCAAAGCCGAGCUGGAGAAGAAACUCAUAAAAUCUCGAAAACCAUAUCUCCACGAGUCCCGACACCAGCAUGCCAUGAGGAGGGCAAGAGGGUCAGGCGGCCGUUUUGUAAAGAAAACCGAUGGAGAUGCCUCUAAGGCCGCAGAAAACCGGGCAGCUGCUUCAUCCAAGUCCAUCGACACACCAGGAUCAGAGCCUAUCUAUGAGAUCCAGCCUGGAAGGGCAGCAGAAGGGCCCGGACAGAGCCAUCAGUGGGGAAAUAUCCAGUCCAACCAUGCACUCGCCAUGCAAUGA